GGACUCUCCGGCAAUGCUACUUCCACAAACACCCACGAUGUGGAUCCUCCAAUCUCUACGGAGUACCUGCGCGGGCGGUAGCGGCAGCAGCAAUAGGAUCCUACAGCAAGUGCGUCACGCAACGCACAAAGCCUCCGGGGCCGCCAACGGCGCCAGUAACACCGCCGGGAAAAGACUCGGUGCGAAGAAAACCGCUGGUACCCUCCCCCACUUCCCUCUCCACCCCCCCCCCCCCCCAAUCCCAACUAACAAAUGCGAAAGGCGAAAGAGUAGUCCCUGGAAUGAUAAUCUACCGCCAACGCGGCACCCUCUGGUUCCCGGGUGAAAAUGCCGGCAUCGGUCGUGACCAUACGAUCUUCGCGCUGAGGACCGGAUACGUCCGUUACUACCGCGACUCUGGGCCCAAAAAACGCAAGACCAUCGGCAUAGCCCUGACACCCAACCAGCCCCUACCGCGCCCGCCCAACGCUGCGCGCACCCGCCGCCUCGGCUUCGAGCCCGUCCCACUCGUCGAAAAGGAGGACGUUAGUGUGCCGCAGGGGACGCCACUGACACGGGAAGACUGGGCGAAGGUCGUGCCCGGCAGCUAUAUUCCCCGUCCGGAUAAUUGGAGGAUUGGAAAGGUUAUGGGUCCUGUCGUUAAGAAGAAGAGUGUCUUUGAGGGGUUCGAGAAGAGCGCCAAGAGGAAGGAGGCUAGGUUGAGGAAGAUUGCGCUGAAAGGGGGGAAGGCUAAGGCUAAGGCCAAGGCUAAGGCGAGGGCUAAGAAGGCGAAGGGAGCGUGAGCGACCGGAUGAGCGGUAGAGGAACGGGUUUGGUGCGGAGGAUGGGUGUAUAUAUAACGGGGAAUUUGGGGAUGUAGACUUUAACUUUAGCAAUUCCUGUUGGAAGUCGUCCCGGUAUUGGAGCAAAGCCGUUCCGGCACGCAUCACACAGUUGCCAUCAUGACUCGUCACUCGCUCUCGUUUUUCGGAGUAACCGCCUUGCAUUUCCCCCUCCCCCUCUCCCCGCGCAGGCUAUGAAGAAUGCUGAACGCCAGCACGGAAUGCAAAGGGCAUCAUCAUCACUUUUCGUCUCGUUCUAUCGCGAUCGCUCAACUCAGCAGAGCGCCGCGACACCUCUUCUUGAUGUGCUUCGCGACUUUACGAAAUGGUGAGUGAGUGCAUCUGUGCAGCGCCUCCCGGAAGUUUCACACUCAUGACCGGAAGCUGAAGGGGCUGGAGGAUGAGUGGUGACUGAUGUUUCGUGCCCUCCUGGGUAAUUGACUGCGAAAGGACUGCUGAAAGGGGUAUCAGCCCCUAACAAAUACUGAAUGUUCCUCGGCUUUGUUUAUCAUACUUUGUUUCCGAUUUGUGUGGUACCUGUACCCUGUAGCUAUGUGGGGCCAUCGAACGGGGGCGUAUAGAGUGUGAUACCGUAGCUUAGUGAAGAUAGGAGGGAUGGUUGCACUCACAUGAUCUCACUCGGCCCUGCGGCCUGCCCUCAAACCAACCCUGACUCAGCAAGCUGACUAAUCCUCCAAAAACCUAAGCUCGUGAUCCUGUUCAUGUCCCAAUUCCUCUCCAAACCAGAGCAGGGCAAUUAACGUUACAUCCUUCCCGAAACACACACUCCCGUAUGGCAUCCCGGUCGCCGAGGAGGGCCUCGUCUCUAAUCACCUCAUCCCCCACAUUGCAAUGCCUACAACGUCGGACCCGACCCUUUGUUCUGCUUCCCCCACGACGAUACAUCCAACAGGCUGCGGCGGGAGGUGGAGGGGCUUCGGGAUAUCUGCCUCCCCGAAAAAUCACCCACGCCCGACCUCAGCAGCGAGCGCCAUUCCCAAUUCGAAAUCCCCGGCCAUUCGCGGUCAAUGAUGACCCUGCAAGGCUGAACGAGAUGUACACAAUCUUGCUAGGGAGGGAAAUGUGGCUCACCGAUGAGGUUAAAUGGCAGGCUGUUACACAUAAGAGUUUUGAUCACGGACGGCAGCCGUUUAAUGAGAAGUUGGCUAUAUACGGUAUGUUUUUUUUCUUGUUUUUUCCUCUGUGAUAAUUGGGAGGCCUGGAUGGCACACGGGAGAGGGUUAUGUGUGCUAACUAUUAGGGAAAAAAGGUAAACGGGUUUGUUGGUUACAUGCCACAUUACAUUUACUAAAUAGCCCACCGAUCGAGGAGAAGAAGGUCUAUGAAUCUCCUAAUUUCGUGUCUUCGCUGGACGGAACGCCAUACCGGAAGCCAGAACCGUUCUUUCAUCGGGAUUACAAGUCACUGGUUUCGAUCAAGGAUAGAAAUGUCCGGGCCAUUCUCGACCCUGGAAAGUUGGCUACCAUUGCUCAUCUUGUACGGGUAGCCGACGUCAUGAGGUGGAAGCCGAAAGACGUAUGAUACCCUCCUAUAUAUCUUCCCCAGCUUCGAGGGCGAGACUAACAGUAGGGCUGGCGGGAUAGAGUAAUGACCUCCAAGGUUCCGGACAAGCGCUGGUGGCAACCCAGGCUUUGUAUGCGAUUGUCGGCGCCUUAGCAUUACAAAGGGGAGGGGAUAUCGCUGGAAGUGUGGUCCGAGAGAGACUCAUUCCAAGUGUCGAUUGGUUGCGGGAGAAAACCAAGGACCUGCAAUCAUAAGAAUGUGGGUCGUGAUCUGGUGGAUGUUCACUGGGGGGCUGGGGCAGGGGUGCUAGAAAAAGCUAAGCAACCAAUAAACACGCCAAAACUUGUAUCAUACGAACUGGAUAUGGGAAUCGCGGCCGCUGUAUAUAUAUCACGGAAUUUGGCAUUCUUAAAAUUGCAUUUUCAUGUUUUCUUCUCUUUUUUUUGCACGGUGGGGUUAUGGGAUGAGAUUGCUAUGGGGGUGGAUGUGAGGUUUGGAUUUUUUUUCUUUUUUUUCUCCAUUGCUAGUCCGCCCUUGCGUGACUCGGUGCGUUGCCAAGAAUGUUCCUACUCUCUAUCCCCCCUUCAAAAGAUGUCAUCUUCUACCCCUUCCAUUUCUCGCUCCCUCUUCUCUUCUUCACCUCUCACCAUUUUCACAAUCAUCCCCGAACCUCCCAACAUCGCGGCACCCACCUGGUAUGUAUCAUGCCCCCCCCGUCCCUUUGCAUUGCUUGCGCUUCCUUCCCCCCCUUCAUGAUGAUCACCUGGAUCGACUACCAUACGGAGGAGAAUGACUUUUUCUUCCUCCGGUGAUGAUAAUCCAUAACCAAAAUAGACUACAACGGUAUCUGAGCUGGUGCUGUUUUUGUUUUAGAUUGUCCGAAAAAAAUUGGGCGGUAUCUGUUUAUGCUGACCAAUUUUCCUUUUUGGUAGACUUUUUUUGGGGGGGUUCGUCCACUUGGGCUUUUAUUACGGAUUCUAUCUUGAUGAGAACACAGAAGUGGUAAGAUUUUUUUUCAUUUUUUUUCAUUUUUUUCAUUUGAUUUGAUUUUAGUGUUGCAUGUGUUCCCUCUACCGUUGUGAUGAUUUGUAAGCGUAUUUGACAGAGAGAGAAGCGGGCCUUUUCUUACCUCCUUGACAAACAAAUCUAAGUCAUAGACUACAACGGUAUUGGCGCGUACUUUUUCCAUCAUACUCCUUCUUUUCUCGCUUGUUGAUUGAUCGUUUCUAAUGCUCGAGGUGCUUCAGGAUCCGAUGACUGCCCCGCCUCCACUCCCCGCUGCUUUGCCAACACGAUACAAGAAACCGAAUUACCACCUUCUCCAUGCCCUCCCUCUCCCGCUUAGCGUCACCCCGCUUCCACCAUUGAUACCACAUAAUCCGCUCUCUUUGAUUCAUAUAAUCAUUGCCUAUCUCUUCCCCCCAGUUUCAUCCCAUCCUUCACCGCUACACAAGGGCUUUUUUCAUUCUUCUACCAGGUCGGUGCACAUUACCGAUCAAGAAACAAUCAAGGCCUUCUGGAAUCAUGGUUUCUUUGGAAAGGGAAAUCUGUCUCGUAGUGAGCCUACAUGGGUGAUACGUAGAAGGCGGGCUUUGGGGGUGAUUGGCCGAGAUGAAGCGUUGACAGCGGAGGAAGUGACCGAGCGACGCCGAGGCGAGAGAAAGGGCUUCAAAAAGGAGCGUGCUAGACUGGAGAAAGAGAAGCGUGACAGACAGCUAGCGGAGGAAGGCAAGCUUACCUUGGAGGGCAAUGAGGACCAGGAGGGAACAGCCUCCGGCAGUAGCAGUAGUACAGCAAGGGCUGUUCAUUUUGCCCCGUUGGAAUCACCCAGUAGUCGGCGACGGAGCUUGGAGAGGCCGGUCGCGGACGUGGAUGAUAUAGAGCAUUUACAAUUAACGCUUGAAGAGGCGUUCUUCCUAUCGUUCGGGCUGGGAGCGCUGGAAUUGAUGGAUGCUGACACUAACGUACGUAUCUGUAUAUAUGAAUAUAAAAUUUCCCCGCACUCUACCGAGCCGUUCGGGUGAAUAUAAAAACUGAUCCAAGUGAUGGCCACAGAAGAAAAUACGCCUGAAGGAUACACUCCAGCUAUUUCGCGCUCACACGUACUUUCCCCCUCGGAACCCGCAGAGUAGUUUUGAGCCGGAUGAUCCCUUCAUGCUUAGCUAUGUUGUGUAUCACCACUUUCGCUCCCUAGGAUGGGUUGUCAAGCCUGGCGUAAAGUUUGCUGUAGACUACCGUGCGUAUGCAUUAUCAUCAGUCUGUAUUGUUGCCUACUGACUAUGGGCAGUGCUGUACAAUCGUGGACCGGUGUUCUCCCACGCCGAGUUUGGAGUCCUGAUUCUCCCAGCCUAUUCACAUCCCCACUGGGCCGACGACAAGUCCCGCAAGGAGGGCAGGGAGCUGCGGCCAUGGCAUUGGCUGCACAGUAUCAAUAGGGUCAGUUCGCAGGUGAAGAAGACUGUCAUACUGGUCUUUGUCGAGGUACCACCACCGCUGGAUGACGACGAGGAAAUGGGUGUUGCCGAUCUUUUAGCAAGGUAUAGCGUCAGGGAGGUGGCAUUGAGGAGAUGGCUGGUUAGCCGUAACAGGGACUGAGCGGGUUGUGUGCGGGUCUGUCUGUUUUACUCUACUCUACUCUAUAUUGCCGUACCUUUUUGCUUCAUCUCUUUUAUCCACCCUCUCAUUACACCACUGGACAGCGUUGGGCGAUGGGGACGGGGCAUUUUCUGCGUGCCACUGUGGGAUUGCCGGGACACUCUUGUAUGUAAAAAAGUAUCAUGAAAUCAACCAACGGGGGGAAAUCUUCAUUACCAUUUUCCCCUUUCCCUGGGUGUAGGUGGAAUAGGAGGCAAAAGAGGGAGAGAGAGAGAGAGAGAGAGAACUAUAAAGCAUUCUACCAAGUGUGAAAACCACAAAAAGAAG